AUGCUUCCCUACGUGAUUGCCACCCUGGGCUCAGCAGGGGCCGCCUGCAAAGCCUCCACAUGCAACAACAGCACCAAGGACUACUGCUACAGUGCCCGCAUCCGCAGCACUGUGCUGCAGGGGCUGCCCUUUGGUGGGGUGCCCACUGUCCUAGCCCUCGACUUUAUGUGCUUUCUCGCACUGUUGUUUGUCUUUUCAAUUUUGCGUAAAGUUGCUUGGGACUACGGACGCCUGGCCCUGGUGACUGAUGCUGACAGGCGUCGACACUGGCAGACGGAGCGAGAGGAGCGGGAAUACGUAGCCUCCGCCCUGCACUCCGACAACCAUGACCGCUAUGAGCGCCUCACCUCCGUCUCCAGCUCUGUGGACUUCGACCAGAGGGACAACGGUUUCUGCUCCUGGCUGACAGCCAUCUUCAGGAUAAAGGAUGACGAGAUCCGGGACAAGUGCGGGGGUGAUGCGGUGCACUACCUGUCCUUCCAGAGGCACAUCAUCGGGCUGCUGGUGGCCGUGGGGGUGCUCUCCGUGGGCAUUGUGUUACCUGUCAACUUCUCAGGGGACCUGCUAGAAAACAACGCCUACAGCUUUGGGAGGACAACUAUUGCUAACCUGAAUUCUGGGAAUAACCUGCUGUGGCUGCACACGUCUUUCGCCUUCUUGUACCUGCUGCUGACAGUGUACAGUAUGCGCCGGCACACCUCCAAGAUGCGCUACAAAGAGGAUGACUUGGUUAAGCGAACUCUCUUCAUCAAUGGGAUCUCAAAAUAUGCUGAGCCAGAGAAGAUCAAAAAGCAUUUUGAGGAGGCCUACGCUAACUGCACCGUCCUGGAGGCCCGUCCCUGCUAUGAUGUGGCCCGGCUGAUGUUCCUCGAUGCAGAGAGGAAGAAAGCUGAGCGGGGGCGAAUCUACUUCACUAACCUGCAGAGCAAGGAGAACACCCCGUCCAUGAUCAACCCUAAGCCCUGUGGCCACCUGUGCUGCUGUGUCAUCAGGGGCUGCGAGGAGGUGGAGGCCAUUGAGUACUAUACCAAGCUGGAGGAGAAGCUCAAAGAUGACUACAAGCGGGAGAAGGAGAAGGUGAACGAAAAGCCUCUGGGGAUGGCCUUUGUCACCUUCCAUAAUGAGACCAUCACAGCCAUAAUCCUCAAAGAUUUCAACGCUUGUAAGUGCCAGGGCUGUGCAUGCCGUGGGGAGCCCAGGGCCUCAUCCUGCAGCGAGUCCCUCCAUGUUCCCAACUGGACCGUCAGCUAUGCUCCUGACCCACAGAACAUCUACUGGGAACACCUUUCCAUCCGGGGCUUUAUCUGGUGGAUCCGCUGCCUUGUGAUCAAUGUGGUCCUCUUCAUCCUUCUCUUCUUCCUCACCACCCCUGCUAUCAUCAUCACCACUAUGGACAAGUUCAAUGUCACCAAGCCUGUGGAGUACCUCAAUAACCCCAUCAUCACCCAGUUCUUCCCCACCCUGCUGCUGUGGUGCUUCUCUGCUCUGCUGCCCACCAUUGUGUAUUACUCUGCCUUCUUUGAAGCGCACUGGACCAGGUCUGGAGAGAACAGGACGACCAUGCACAAGUGUUACACGUUCCUCAUCUUCAUGGUCUUGCUGCUGCCAUCACUGGGCCUGAGCAGCUUGGAUGUGUUUUUCCGUUGGUUGUUUGACAAAAAAUUCCUUGCCGAAGCCGCUGUGCGAUUUGAGUGUGUGUUCCUGCCGGACAACGGGGCCUUCUUCGUCAACUAUGUUAUCGCCUCUGCCUUCAUCGGGAAUGCCAUGGACCUGCUGCGCAUCCCUGGCUUGCUCAUGUACAUGAUACGCCUCUGCCUGGCCCGCUCAGCAGCUGAGCGCAGGAAUGUCAAACGACACCAGGCCUAUGAGUUCCAGUUUGGGGCUGCUUACGCCUGGAUGAUGUGUGUCUUCACUGUGGUCAUGACAUACAGCAUCACCUGCCCCAUCAUUGUCCCUUUUGGGCUCAUGUACAUGCUGCUUAAGCACCUGGUGGACCGAUACAACCUGUACUAUGCUUACCUGCCUGCCAAGCUGGACAAGAAGAUCCAUUCAGGGGCUGUGAACCAGGUGGUGGCAGCCCCCAUCCUCUGCCUCUUCUGGCUUCUCUUCUUCUCCACCAUGCGUGCAGGGUUCUUGGCCCCCACUUCAAUGUUCACCUUUGUGGUCCUUGUGAUCACCAUUGUGAUCUGCCUGUGUCACGUCUGCUUUGGGCACUUCAAAUACCUCAGCGCUCACAACUACAAGAUUGACCACACAGAGGUGGACUCCAUAGAAAAUAGGCAGAAUGGUAGACCUGCCACCAGCCUGCCAGCUCCCAAAUCUGCUAAGUACAUCGCCCAAGUGCUGCAGGACUCCUCCCCGGAGGGCGAAGCGACAGAGUCGGAGGAGCAAGGGUCGCAGGACGAGGAGCUCAUCAACACGGACGGCAUGAAUGACACGGAUUUCCAGUCGUGUGAGGACAGCCUGAUAGAGAACGAGAUCCACCAGUAG